AUGGGCAUAUGUAACUCCUGCAUUGAUGUCACAUCGAAAGUCGAAAACAAGCACAACGAGUAUAACCUUACAACCGUCUCUCUGCCCGGUUCCACACGAAAUAUCACUUCAGGUAGCGACGCAAUUGGUGUUACCAACGAGUACAAUCAGAGUUGGACUAGAGGGAUGGAAACUCAUUUCGACCGUGUCGCACCGUCCGCGUUCUCCGGGUUGACCAUUAUGUCCUUUACACUCAACGGAUGUAUACCCAACGGCACGGAUCACCUGCCAUCGUGGUAUGGUUCUAUAUGUCAACCAGGAUUGGAAAAUAACCCUUACUACACAAUGAACGUCGUAGCCUCCAGUUGUGUAAUCUACCCGUGUGUCAAGAACUUUUACGGCACUGUGUCGAACGGCAAGUUCCAGGAGACGCUCAUCUCAACCGUACCAGCUCAGGAGUUCAAACCAGAAGACCCAUUCGGCAAAAUUACCAUUAUUAACAGUCCGUGUGUUUCCGACAACCAAACUCUUGACAACACUGUGGAUAUCUCGACUCUUCCCAAUAACGCUCCCAACACCUUCCAGAUUGAUAUCUUGGGUCGCAACGUCAGCGUACCGGUCAAUUGUCUUUAUCAGAUGUCUGGGGUGGACGCCUUAGCAUUUGGCGAGUUUUUUAAUGAGUAUUUCGACAACUCAUGUUCGUUCUACGACCGGGCCGAUAUCGACAGCAUUCUAUGCACGAGGAAUAACUGGUAUAUGAACACCCUUUACAACGGCGGCUUCGCGAGCCACGCAUCCAUUUCCGCGGCUGUGAAUAGGAUCACUGACGCUGCAACUAACAUGUUUAGGUUGUCAGGCCUAAAUUGGGAGAGGACCGCUCCAGCUAAUGUAUCUGGCGAUGUCCUCCGGGAAACUGUCUGCGCAAAGCUUCAGAUCCAAUGGUUGCUGUUCCCCAUCACUCUACUGAGCUUAUCGGCGAUGUUGCUAGCAGCGACACUAGUGUUAGAAUUUUCCCAAAACGGAAGAGUAGGAGCUGUGCCCGUUUGGAAGUCUUCUAUGCUUCCGCUCUUAUAUCAUGGGUUAGGGAAACUAGACGACGAGCCGAGAGACAACUUUCCCAGAACCCUGAAAGAGCUGGAGAAGCGAGCCGAGGAGGUAGAGGUCCGGUUAGGGAUGGGAGAAACGCACUGGGGGUUGAUCAAGGAAGGGCUAAUCAUCGAGGGACGAACCCCGCAGGAACAGACCAAGGCGAGGAAGACCGAAGAGGGACACGUAAAUGAGGGAUAG